AUGGUGGAUCAACGCGGCUUCCGCACGUAUCCUAAUAAAGGUCGCCACCUCGGUAAGGUGGACGCUGGCAGAAUGAACUUUAGGAAGUCGAGUCGCAGCCGAGUGUCACGCGCCGCCACUUCCGGCGUCAGUAAAGUUCGUAGGCAGCUAAGGCGGAAGCAGUCGACGAGAAUCAGGAAAUGCAUGUGUCUGCCGUCUAAUUACGCCCUUGUGGAGUUCCCUGUGGUCUGGUCCGAGCUCAGAGCUAAUCAGCAGCUGUGCGACGGUGUUAUAAGAUGCGCAGGGGAUCAAGUCUUCCGAGUCCAUCGCGCCAUAUUAUCUGCGGUGAGCCCGUAUUUCAAAGCCCUUUUCACUAACAGUCUAAAAGGCGGCAAAACUGAGACCACGGAAGUAGCUAUCAGUUCCGUUCCCGGCGAGAUCUUCAGCCUGAUCCUCGACUAUGCCUACACAGGCACAUGUAAUGUGAACGCCGAUAAUGUCGAGCAAUUAUUACCGUUCGCCGACCAGUUCGAAGUGCUCGGAAUCGUCCAGCUCUGCUGUCAGUUUUUAUUGCAAGAGUUACGACCGGAUAAUUGCUUAGGUAUCUUUAAAUUCGCAUGCCACUACUUCUGCCGUGAUCUCGAGAAACAAGGCCGGAAGUACAUACAUCACCACUUCAAGCAGAUACUGCAGGAGAGCGCGGAAUUCAAGGAUCUUCUUUGCGAUGAGCUGGAGACGAUAUUGAGCAACGACGAGCUCAACGUUAAAAAUGAGGAGAUUGUGUUUGAAGCCAUCAAGACAUGGGUCGAGAACAGGCCCGAGGAAAGACGAGUCUAUUUGCCCAGGUUGCUGGAAUGCAUACGUUACGGCCUCAUGACUCAUAAGUAUUUCGUUAAUAACGUCGUCAGCUGGAAGCUCGUCGAGGAGGAUGAAGCGUGCCAAAGAGUAUUGUUGCCGGUGAAUGCUUAUUUAACCGAACAAGACUCAAAGCAGCAUGGCGGGGAGAUCGAUCUGAGGAAUCCCCUUGCGAGGCCGCGUGUACCACACGAAAUUCUCUUCGCGAUCGGCGGAUGGAGCGCUGGCUCGCCGACCAAUUUUGUGGAGACUUACGACACGAGAGCUGACAGGUGGUUUCUAUCAGUGAAUAUGGACGUAACGCCGAGAGCUUAUCACGGAUUAUGCACCCUGAACAAUCUCAUCUACAUGAUCGGCGGAUACGACGGUAACGAACACUUCAACACAGUCCGAUGUUUUAACCCGGUGACGAAAGAAUGGCAAGAACGAGCUUGUAUGUAUCACGCCAGGUGUUACGUCAGCGUUUGUACGCAUGGCGGCAAGAUUUACGCGCUUGGCGGAUUCAACGGUCACGUGAGAACGAACACCGGUGAACGAUAUGAACCGCAGAAAAAUCAGUGGGAGAUGAUUCCACCCAUGCACCGACAACGAUCAGACGCCAGCGCGGCUGCGCUCCACGACAAGAUCUACAUCGUCGGCGGCUUCAACGGCCUGGAGGUCCUCAACUCGGUCGAGGUCUUCGACGUGGAAACCAAUCAAUGGAGCAACCUCAACUUGAUGAUCAGUCCGCGAUCCGGCGUCUCCCUCGUUGCGUUUCGCGACAGUCUCUACGCCUUCGGUGGGUUCAGCGGUGUCAUGAGAUUGAAUUCCGGGGAGCGCUACACUCCAAACCAUUCCGACCAAUGGCACGAAGUGUCGGAGAUGUUUAGUCCACGCAGCAAUUUCGCCACGGCGAUACUCGACGAUAUGAUUUUUGUCAUUGGCGGUUACGACGGAUCCAGUACAAUCGCGUAUGUCGAAUGCUACGAUGCGGAUUACAACGAAUGGUACGACGCAUCCCCUAUGAAUCUCAAUCGUAGCGCUGUCAGUGCCUGCGUGAUAUCCGGCUUAGCUAAUGCGCGCGAGUAUUCCUAUCUGGGCAAAGCUCGGGAUCUUGGUCAAGGGCAGGCAACGUCAAAGAGUCAGGAGAAAUCUGGUCAAUCUGACGAGGUUUCUGCCGAGACCAACGUUAUAAUUGUGGAUGAGGACGGGCAGAUCAACGUAAGAGAGUUGAUGGGCCCUACAGACGGUAUGGCCGGCGGUAUCGGAAAUGUCUACAACGAGGACAACGAUAACGACCAGGAGGUGAUGCAGGACGAGCCGCUGUAUGUUGUGCAAGAGUUCGAUUAAACGUCGUUGGGGAAAUUGAAGCAUCGAUCGACAAACAUCGUGUCACUUUGCGGAUUUUUGUGGACGCUGUUAGAUAAGAAAACUUUGUACAUUUGAUUGAGGGGACAAUCGAUCUCAGAAAUAGUAAAUUAAUAUUGUAGUUGCUUUAUCGAAAAACUUUCAAACGAAUAUACUUUUUUAGUAACACCUACAAAUUUUUGAGAGAACACGAUGUUGUCUUCAGUCAAUUGACAAUUCAAUCGUCCGUGGAAAGAUGCCGAAAAUCGACGUUACGCAAGCACUCAAAAAGAGAAAUGGAUUCUUACUUUCCGCGGACAGAAAAAGCUUGAGCGUGUUUAAUUGUUACAUUGUUGUCAACAGUCAGGAUAGGCUUCUUAAAUCGUACAGCGAAGUCCCAUUUGCUCGCGUGGAAACUGCGAGGAAACGACUCGCUGAGGGGAGAAAAAAUAGCAGGUCCGCGGGUUGAAUUAGAAUUACGCGUUAGCGUGUUUUCGCAAGUUGUUUCCGCGUCUCUCGCGAUUAACCGCAACACGGAAAUUUUAAUUGGCGCCAAUUAAUCUCGCGCGAAUUAACUUUAACCGUUAUUUUAGAAAGUAUAUUAUUUUCUUUUUUACAUCGAUUUUUUUUCUUUUUUUAUGAAUUUACUUUCGAGCCGUGAAAUUUGUAAAAGGAUAAGAAUUAUACGCGCGCGAUCGAACGUAAUGCGCGAUAUGCACACGUGUGAUAUAUGCAGACACGUACAGAUUAUUUUAGACUUGACAAAACCGGCGGGCGACUUUUAUGCGCUGUGAACAAUUAUUUACACUUUUUGACGACGAGAGAAAUGGCUAGGUGCGCGAUAUUUUACACCCGUGGCUAAGGCGAUGUGUUAUUUUUUAUGGAGUUUCCCGUUUCUCUGCAUGUAUACACCAAUAUACACACAUACACACCUAUAUAUCUAUACACACACGUAUCUCAAUGUCGACUUCCAUUGAAGAUAUAUCAUGUGACCUUGUCAUUUCAAUCAAAUUAAAUCGGCCUCUUUAUUCCAAUAUCUCGCCUCUUUAUUGCGUCCUCAGCUGUAAGUACAUCACGGCAUAAACAAUUUGACGUCUCGAUCACGGUUUAUCGAUUAUGCCUGUCGGGGGAAUAUUCUUUUUCAGUAUUGGUGAAUAACAAUGAUGUGGUGGCUUGAGAUUUUUUAUUAAUCUAUCUCUCAUAUAUGUAUAUAUGUAGAUUUAUUCAUCUCUUACUCAUCUUUUAUACGUACUUAUAUAUUAUGUAUAGUGUACACAUUGUUACUUCUUCAUUGGUGUUUCUCUUGUAACGACGACUGCGUCUCCUGUUAAAUCCCGUUUGCAAUACAGUUAUGUUACGUACAGUCUCUCUU